GCCAGCUCAGAAUGGCUUAACUGCUAUAGUAAGGUAGUGAAAAUUGAAAAAUCAGAAUCUGUUGUUUACCCACUGGCUACUCUGAUGCUCCCAUAUGUUAGCAUGUAAAGCUACGGUGCGUGCGUGUGUUUGUGUGUGUGUGCAUGCGCGUGGUAAACUAAACGCCCAUAUAUGCGAGGAGUGAAGUAAAGACUUUAGGCUCCUUAGGUCUGAGUAGCGGAGCUCUCUAAAGGUAGGCUACGCAAUGUGCGACGAGCACCCAUCUGCAGCCUACUAACGGUUAGUCGCUGAUUUCAAUUUUUCGACCUUGCUUUGGAGAGGGGUGGAGCACGGAUGCAGUAUUGUAGCGAUGACGCAUUUUCCUUCGGCCGAUAGGGUAUGAAAUUAUACCAUUGUAACCCUUAUCGUGGUUUCAAAGGUCUUGUAGAUGAUCCGCAUUCAAACCUCAAUUACUGUAGAAACAGGGCUAUAAAUAUGUUGAGGAUCACUCCGUGGCAUUUAUGGGAGCUCCAAGCUUACGGAAUUCCUAGCUAUGCUGUCAGUUAUCACCGCCUUCGUUAUGUUUUAACUUGAAUUCAGAGGUGAAUUCUAUACAUGGUCAAACAUGUAUCAUGCCAGUAUGUUAAAAGAGCCAUUUUUACUUCGAUGCAACCUUCUCCGAAUACAGUUUUGUUUGGCUGCAGCCAUUCUUCUUCGUGAAGUGUUGACAGCUUCAGACGUAACCGUAGGUCAGCAAUUCUGUGGGGACCCUGGCUUUCUUGAACAUGGCAGCCGGACCCCAAGUUCAGGUGUGUUCUUCGUUAAUGCAGUGGCCAGAUACCGCUGCAUGGAAGGGUUCAGACUCAAGGGACCAGCCAAGAUUGUUUGUACCCGAUUCCAUAAUGGAUCAGCUGGCUGGAGACCGAACCACAGACCAGUGUGCCUACAAGAAGAUUGUCUUCCUCCCUAUAUUGAAGAUGCACAUGUAUCCAAUCACACUUACAGACCUGGUGAUUUUCUAAGCGUUAGCUGUCAUGAGGGGUUUCAGAUCCGCUACCCUGACAUGGACAACAUGGUGUCUAUUUGUCAGGAUGAUGGAACCUGGGACAAUCAACCCACGUGUCAAGGCUGCUUGCGUCCACUAAUCAACCCACAUAGCUACAUGAACCUAUCAGAAACACAGUUUUCUGUUCCAGUUGGGACUGUGGUCCAAUACCACUGUUUCCCUGGUUACAAACUAGAAGGUGCAGAGAUCAUGGAAUGCAUGUAUAACCUCAUCUGGUCGACUACACCACCCAGGUGCCUUGAUGUGGAGGUGUGUCCCCUGCCUCCUAUGUUAGAGCAUGGAGAUUACAUGUGUCAUCCACAACCUUGUGAUCGGUACAUCCAUGGAACAGUGGUAGAGUUUUACUGUGAUCCUGGCUACUCCCUUGCAAAUGAUUACAAGUACAUCACUUGUCAAUAUGGCGGGUGGUUUCCUCACCUGCAAGUCUACUGCAUUAAAACAGAAACAACAUGGCCUGGCUUUGAAGACAGCCUUCUGACAAAAUGGAGAGUGGGGGCAUUCACAGCCUCUGGUGUUCUGCUGGCUUUGCUCCUGGUUAUGAUAUUAAAGGUCCUCCAGUUCCAGUGCAAGCCUCAGUGGAGCUUACAGGAUCAAGACCAGGACCCCAGUGACCAGAGCAUUGUUGUAGUGGAUGGUGUCCCAGUGCUACUCCCUACCUAUGAGGAAGCAGUGAAUAGCACAGCCUUCCCACCUCCAAGAAUAGCACCCCCUGUCAGUCUGGAGGACAUACUGCAGGAAGAGGAGCCACAGCCUCCCGAGUACCCAGGACACAGUGAGACUCCAAGCAGAGCUCCUCUAGACACCAGUGAGUGCGAGACCUAUGAGAGCUUUUCAGACAACUCAGAAUGUGUUCAGAGCACCCAGGCCUCAUCUUCAAAUGCAGGUGGAAUGAAUAAUCCCUCAGAGAGAACCAAUGUGGUCUCCUCAUUAGAGGAGACAGCCUCCACCAGCCCCAGCGUUGACAUUGCUGAUGAAAUUCCUCUGGUAGAAGAUGGAACCGAUGAGAGCUGAUACCACCAUCACUCUAAACAGACUUUUAAUUGUUAUCUUUCUAAUGCAGUAAUUAUAUAAAUCACAUGGCAAAUGUAUUGGUUUACCACACAAGAC